AUGGAUAUCCUGGUUUUUCUCUUUCAAUCUCGCCCGUUGACUUGUCGAGAGAUCGCAUUGCCAACAAUGUCGUCAAAAAUCGCCAAGCGAUUAUCCAAGGUCCAUCAAUUGGAAGUUCCGAUCUGGAAGGAACCGGACUAUCUCUGUGAUGCUUUGAAUCGGUGGCUUUGUCAACUAAUGGGUACUCCACAUGGAGAAAACACCAUUACUCUCCCUAGUAGAUACUCACAAUGGGCUCCAGCCCAGUUGACUUGCGACUAUAUUGCUAGAGAGCUCGACUAUUUGCGGACAAUGAUAAGCAAGAGCAAGAGUCCCGUCACUUUCUGCCACAAUGAUCUCCAAGAAGAUUAUGAUGUUCACGAACCUCCUUACUACAAAAUUUAUCCAGAGAAUUUUCCCGAAGAACAUCAGGUAAGUGACAUUUUGUAGCU